GCAUUACACGCGAAAUCUAUUUUUGUCAAAAAUUGUAAAUAAAAGCCUAGAAAUUGAUAAAGAAUGACUGGAACUGUGAGGGCUUUGACUGACGAUAGUCAGUUUCAAGUAGAACUGACAAAUGCUGGACCAAAAUUAGUUGUAGUAGACUUUUUCGCUACUUGGUGUGGACCAUGUCAGAGAAUAGCACCAAUAUUUGAAGAAUUUAGCAGUAGAUAUCCCAGAGCAGUCUUUUUGAAAGUAGAUGUUGAUAAAUGUCCAGAAACAGCUCAAUCACAAGGUGUAUCAGCUAUGCCAACAUUUAUAUUUUAUCGUAAUAAAGUUAAGAUAGAUUCUUUGAGAGGUUCAGACUCAGCUAGUUUAGAAGAUAAAAUAAAGAAUUGGUAUGGAGACGAAGAAGGGGAAGAAGAUGCUGCUCCAGUUAAAGGACAUAUGGAUUUAUCAUCAUUCUUAUUGAAAUCAGAAUGUGAAUGUUUAAAUGACAGUGAUGAACACCCCUACACUCAUGCUUUAACGACAAAAGGUGGAUAUUUAGAGUCAGAUUGUGAUGAACAGAUAAUUAUUCAGUUUGCUUUCAAUCAGGCAGUGAAAAUACAUUCUAUGAAAGUACAAGGACCAAAAGAUAAAGGUCCAAAAACAUUGAAAAUAUUUAUCAAUCAACCACAUACAUUAGAUUUUGAUCAAGCAGAGUCUAUGAAACCUGUACAAAUAGUAGAAUUAAACCCAGAAGACCUAACAGAAGGCUUGGUAUCUUUAAGAUUUGUGAAAUUCCAGAAUGUACAGACAUUAACAGUUUUUAUAAAAGAUAAUCAAGAAGGAGGGGAAGUAACUCAAGUAGACUAUAUUGGUUUUGUUGGUAGUCCAGUUAGUUCAACUAAUAUGGCAGAUUUUAAAAGGGUUGCUGGAAAGAAAGGAGAGAGUCAUUAAUAACAUGGUGGAAUAGAUGCUGAUUUCUGUUUUAUGUUGCAUAACAUUUUGAAUCUUCUUCUUAUAUUAUGAUAUAAAACCUUCACAUAAACCAACCAAAACUUGAAACUCUUAAAGGACUAUUCUAAAUAAUAUCACAUCAAAGUUAUCAUUUGGCCAAUAAAAGUGUAAAAAAAAGAAUCAAAUUUUGAAUUUGCUUCAUGCUAAAAUUCUUGUUAUUCCAUCUUCAUGUCACUUAUUGUUAUAUGAAUAUUUAUUUUAUUGUCAAUGAAUGUACAGAUUAAAAUGAAUUUAAGAUAA